CAAAGACCUUUAAACAGGGAGACGAGCCUCACAAAACAACGACAACGGAUCUUCACUCUAGAGUUGAGCUAUUUUGGUGUAUCGGUCUCCUUUUCCGGAGACUUGAAUGAGAAAUCCAAUGUUCCUUCCUGCUGGAGCCAUAGCCGACAAGCUAAGGGUUGUAACCGACUUCUCAGGUGCAGCUACAACCCGAGAUGCCUCUAAAUGACGAGCGACCGGCCUCCACGUCCAGCGGCGAGGAACAAGGCAGCGACGUGGAGUCGUCCUCGGAGCGCUGUGACAGCAUGACGUCGACCAGCGACGCGGACUGUUCCCGUGAAAGCUUCACGAGCGACGGCUCCAGCAAACAUUGCACGCCCUCCUCAAGCCCACCCAAAACCUUAACCCUGGAGGAAGUCAUGGAGUCCACCAGAGACCUGUCUAAUCUCAGCAUUGCCCACGAGAUCAUUGUGAACCGCGACUUCCAUCUGGAACCGGACAGCCUCCCUCAGGACAGUUUAUGGAAGCUAGUUAGAGAUAAUAUCCACAAGGCCUUCUGGGACAUCCUGGAGUCCGAGCUGAACGACGACCCGCCCGAGUAUGGGGAAGCCAUCAGAUUAUUGGAGGAGAUCAGAGAGGUUCUACUGUCAUUCCUUAAUCCGGGCGCCAAUCGGAUGCGGACUCAGAUCACGGAGGUGCUGAACAUGGACCUGAUUCGUCAGCAGGCUGCCAACGAUGCCGUCGACAUCCAGGGGCUCGCCGCGUACAUUAUCGGCACCAUGGGCAAGAUGUGUGCACCGGUUAGGGAUGAGGAUAUCAAGAAGCUCCGCGAAAGCCCAGAGAACAUAGUGACGCUGUUUAGGGAGAUCUUCCGCGUGCUGGACCUGAUGAAAGCUGACAUAGUCAACUUUAAAAUCUAUAAUCUGAGGCCUGUGCUGCAGAGGCAGGGUGUAGAAUAUGAGAGGGCAACGUUUCAGAGCAUCCUGGACAAAACCCCCAGCGCUUUGGAGCACACCACCUCGUGGAUCAAGUCAACACUUGAGGAGCUGUCGACCUCCAUCACCAAACAACCGACUGGCGGUCAGGGAAAAGGACAGCGGCUGAUGCCCGGACCCUUUCAGGUCCUGAACGUGGCCUUCCUCCGCAUCCUUACAUGGGACUACGAUAAGAGCCCACUGCCCGAGACGUGGAUGACUGAUGAGACACGUCUGCGGGAGAUCCAAUGGCGGCUCCAGCAGGACCAGGCGGUGAACGAGGUGCUGCUCAUUAUCUACAGCACCGUCGGAGGGCCCAUCCAGGGUCUGCCCUUCUUGUCUGACCGCCUGAAGAGGAUGAUCAGUGUGUUGCUGGAUGGGAUGCACAGCCCGGACUUCAACCUAGAAGAGGCACUCGAGAGCGUGAGUGCUCAGAUCUGCUGUGAGCUCAACAAGUCUUUAACGGAGAGGAGCUACCCCGCCCUGAGCCCGGCACUGCAGGCCACCCUCACGGGCCAGAUCCGCAGCAUCACCCAGAAGGACAAUCCCAUCCGCACUCUCGUUGAGGAUCGGGUGCAGCAGUUCUUCAUGGCACUCAUCUCUGCUCCUAAACCCCAGGUCAAACUUGAACAAGUGCCAGCCGGCUUGACGGCCAUCAAGCCGGAGCUAGCAUCGGUGGGAGCAAAGUUCAUCUCCCUGGUUAACUACAACAAGGUUGUGUAUGGACCUUUCUACGCGGAUAUCAUCAAGAAGCUGAUGUUCACGAGCAGUCCACCAGCAGCAAACCCUCCGCAAGACUCCACUCGGGACUCGGUCCCCUCCAAUUAAAACCAAAGGUUGUCUUGUGUAGUCUAAGGAGUCUUUUUGCUACUAAACACAGCUAAAGCUAAGGAGGCCCUACAAUAGCGAGCCAGUGCGCUCCAAUAGUUGGAGUUACCUUCAUUGUAUUGCGAAUGUAGUUUUUUUCUCACUACAUUGAGCAGUGAAGGCACUGCAGUGUAGGCGCCACGCAGUCGACAUUUAAUGUGACCUGCACCCUUUGUCAUAAAUGCUCUAAAAUAUGCUUUCGCUGUGAGUAUUUUCCAGCUUCAAACCCGGAACCCCAGUGUUACAGCGAUCCAUUUCUGAACCUCGUGGUGACCCCUACACGGGGAUGUGUCUAGUCAGACUUGUGUUGUGUUGAGGGAGUCCAGAGGGGGAACAGAUCAAUGUCCAAGACGGUAAGCUUUAUAAAGUAGAGAGGAAAACACUGUUGUAUUUAGAGAAGUAGCACAUGAGAUUCCUUAUGGAGAACAAAUUAUUUAUCACUGCUAAAUUCUAAGGUAAUUAUGUAUAUAUUAUAGCGUUGAAAAACAUAAGAUGGCCCUUUUCCCACUGAAUUCAUUUUUUUGCUUCUUUAUCAUCCAGAUAGUUUAACUUUCUGCAUUCUUUUUUUUUUUUUAAUCUACUUUUUUUUAAUCCACUAUUACUUUACAGCUUCAAAAAACAACUGGGAUUUUAAAGUUGCAAAAAAAAAGAAAGAAAGAAAGAAAUGUCUGCACGAGGAGCUUUGUGUUUGAGUUAUAUCGUAAUGUUAGUAUAUGCUUUAUACUUUUACUUAUUGCCAGUGGAAUACUUGUUAUAUUGAUUUAGUGGCCAUGUUUGUUCCAUGUUGAUGUAUAUUAUUAUUAUAUUACUGUUGUUACAGUAUUGCUGUGUUGGCUGUUAGAACCUGUGGGAAAAUGAAAGGUGCUGAACUCAAAAGUGAACGUGUGUCCAAAGAUUUCCAUUAGUCCCAAUAAUGCACAAUGGAAAAUGAGUGAUAUGUAUUUUUGAAAAGGUUUACAUAAAAUGUGGUUGGUU